GCUCCAUUAUACCUUAUACGGUAUUAUGCUUCACGAUGGUCGUUGGUGGGACGGAAUUAGUGGAUAUACACCGGAGAUGAACCUCCCAGUUCAAGGUUGUGAGGAUUUGUAUUUCUGGGCUUGAGCAUGCCCAAGGGAGCGUAUGGAGUUUUCCACAGCAUAAUCUUGCUAACUCGUCUUGGUUUGAUCCUGACUUGGAUGUCACACUACUGUGCGCUCGAUCUGCAAGUUUACUCCAAAAAGACCUAAAGCAAUUGAAGAAUGAAAAAGAGAUUGCUGGUGAUGGUCUUGAUGUUUCUAUCGGGGAGAUGUGAAGAAAAUCUUCGUCUCCUAUGACAGUUUAUAGAGUCAAAUAGCAUCACCAACGAUUCUGGGGAGGUUCUGGGGAGGUUGUAUGUCCUGUGCAUACCGAUUCCGUGGAACGCAAUAUGAUAUGAUUGAACGAUGACAGGAUAUUUACUCGGAUCAUGCCACAAGAUGCAAAUACAAGUAUGAUUGUUCGUGUCCGACCUACAUGGGGUUGCUGCGGGACUUCAGACAAGAUGCGUUUUAAGGUGUUCGUCUGCACGGCAGCAGAGAGGGAGUAUGUGUUACAUGGAUGCGUGGCUGAGAGAAAACCACGAUCGAGUACACCCUAUUUAUCCAUUUUCUCCCUAUCAAAUUCACUCUCAGGUGGGGAGGUGUCGAAGCAAUCCCAAACUAACUGUGUCUGUAAAAAUGAAGCACUGGUCGACAAUUUCAUCAAGAGUAUAAUGUCUUCUAAUGAAUCUCAAAACAGUCCUAAAUAUAUCUGAUGUGAUACUUUCUCUGGAAAAGCAAGUGUAUGAUCUUGAGGAGGAGAAGGAAGUGCUCAAGAUCAAAGUGAUGAAAGCGGAGGACUUUGAGUGCAAACUUAGAAUGCGGCUACCAUCCCAGGAGGCUAUGCUGAAGAAUGUCAACAAGGUCAACUUUCAAAGACAUAAAUUUCUAGUUGAUUGCAUUCUCAAAGAGGAUUAUGAGUUAAGGGAGAUUCUAGAGAACUUCACGGGAACAAGUGGGUUCCAGAGAAUGUUAUGCACCUUCUACAAUAACGGAGUUCAUGCAGCUAUGGAUGACAUAACCAAGAAGAAAUAUUCUUAUUUGGACUCGGAUGUUAUGCCAUUCACUGAGAAAAUGGAAAUGACUCCUGAGCUAGUUUCUUGUGAACCUUGGUAUUCGAAGCUUGAAGCCUCUAGAUGGCAUGGAGCAGGAGGGACUUUGAAUGCUGAAUACCAAGCGGCUGAAGCUGGUGGCAAAAAACUCUUGGUGAAUGAUAAUCCUCAACCAGAAGCUGAACAACAAGCCAUUGAUGAUGAUUCCUCUAUAUCAACCAUCGUUCAGACAGAUCAAGAUCAAGUAGCAGAUGAGGGCAAAAACCUCUGUUAUCUUCUGGAAACUGGCACAGAUCAAGAUCUUGUACAACGACAAUCGAAUAAAAGAGCAACACCACCCGACUCAGAAGAGCAUUCUACGGAGAAAAAGGCAAGAUUGUCUGCCGGAAAUGAGCAGCUGGCAAAGGUUGAAGAAACCUGGCAAAAAAUUAACUCGUUGAUAGAAGGCUGGAGUGAUGAGUACCUGACCUACACUUUGAUGGCCCAUACCAUCUUGAAAAGGAAACAGUGAGAAAAGAGGACCUGCAGAAGAUCCAAGCAUGUUGGAAAAUAGACAUGCCCUUCAAGGGAGAGUGGAGGACCUAUGGUUUGCUAUAUCUGGGAUCGAGGAUGAGAAGAAGAGACUCAAUAUCAGGCUGAGCAAAGCAAAGGAGUUGAUAGCUGUCCUCAAGCUCAAGUUUUCAAAGGUCAAUGAGCUCAAGGCUAGAGUCACUGACGACACGAGAAAGAUUGAGGCAGAACUCAAGGACUAUAUGGGUGCGUUUAAUCAUCGGCUUCGCGAGUUCACGGACAAAAUAUCCUUGUUGGCCGAGUCCGAGAAAAUCGAGUGUUUGGUUCGUGAGAAGGGAUACCAGUCGACGAUGGAUGAAUGGGCAAAGAAGAUUCAACCUGCUACUCCUGAUCAAGUAGUUAUUGGCAACUAAUGCAGAGUGUUGGAUUGACUUUUUCAACCACUAUUUUAUAUAUUAUUAGUUUUUCUUUCCUGUUUGUUUUAGCAACAACAAAAGCAGGGUGUUGAAUUGAACAAGUCUACUGCUUUUUUGUUAUUUGUGUCCACCUGAGCCUUAUUUAUUAGUGUUGUAGUCUCUUUAAAUGGCCAUCAUUCACUUACUUUUUUGUCGAUGAUUAAUGCUCUUCUGUGAAGCUUCUUGUGACCAAGCAAUUGCUAGCGACAUAGAUGCCUCUUUCCUAAAGGUCGUGUCGAGUGCUAUAAUCGACAAGUACAUAGGGGAGAGUGCUAGAUUGAUCAGGGAAAUAUUUGGCUAUGCCCGUGAUCACCAACCCUGCAUCAUAUUUAUGGUCGAGAUUGAUGCCAUUGGAGGAUGCCGUUUUAGUGAGGGAACAAAUGCCGACCGUGAAAUCCAAAGGACACUCAUGGAGUUGUUCGUGCUUAAUGUUCUGGACCCUGCACUUCUUCGUCCGGGUCGCUUAGAUAGGAAAAUUGAAAUUCCAUUGCCCAAUGAGCAGUCGAGAAUGGAGAUUCUAAAAUUCCAUUCUUCUGGUGUAGCUAAGCAUGGUGAAAUUGAUUACGAGGCUGUGGUGAAACUUGCUGAGGGAUCUAACGGUGCUGACCUUCGUAAUAUCUGCACUGAAGCUGGAAUUGUCUGCGAUUCGGGGGGAACGAUCUCUUUUAAGGUCUCCAAAGCCGGAAAGCUGUUCCACCCGAAGCCGCCACCGCCCGGAAUCGCCUCGUUUCCCGUCGACGACGAGAAAUCUUGGUACAUUCAGUCCGAGCAGAGGAAAUUGGCCAAGUUGAUCUGUGAGAGACGGUAUGCGGCACGUGUCGAGGCUUUGAGUGCAAAUGGAGCUGGUCUUGAGGAGGAGAAGGAGGUGCUCAAGAUCAAAGUGAUGAAAGCGGAGGACUUUGAGUGCAAACUUAGAUUAUGGCUACCAUCCCAUGAGGCUAUGCUAAAGGAUGUCAACAAGGAAAACUUUCGAAGACAUAAAUGUCUAAUUCUAGAGAACAUCACGGGAACAAGUGGUUCCAGAGAAUGUUAUGCACCUUCUACAAUAUGGGAGGCGAUGCAGCUAUUGAUGACAUAUAAGAAAUAUUCUUAUUUGGACCUUGAUCUUAUACCAUUCAAAAUGAAAAUGGAAAUGACUCCUGAGCUACUUGAAGCAUCUGAAUGGCAUGGAGCAGGAGGUACUUUGAAUGCCGAAUACCAAGCAGCUGCAGCUGCAGCUGGUGAAGCUGAACAACAAGCCCAAUCUCUUGAUGAUGAUUCCUCUAUAUCAACUAUCAUUCUGACAGAUCCAGAUCAAGCAGCAGAUGAGGGGCAAGAACCUCUAUCCUCAACUGGAAACUGGCACGGAUGAAGGUCUUGUGUAACGACAAUCGAAUAAAAGAGCAACACCACCCGACUUAGAAGAGCAUUCUAAGGAGAAGAAGGCAAGAAUGUUUGUCUGGCAAAGGUUGAAGAAUCCUGGCAAAAAAUUAACUCGAUGAUAGAAGAGCUGGAGUGAUGAGUACCUGGCCCACACUUUGAUGCCCCAUACCAUCUUGAAUGAGGAGACAAAGGACCUCUAAAAUAUUCCAAGCAUGUUGAGCAAUAGACAUGCCCUUCAAGGGAGAGUGGAGGACCUAUGGGUUGCUAUAUCUGGGAUGGAGGAUGAGAAAAAGAGACUCAAUAUAUAUCAGGCUGAGCAAAGCAAAGGUGUUGAUAGCUGUCCUCAAGCUCAAAUUCUCGAAGGUCGAUGAGCUCAAGGCUAGAGUCACCGACGACACGAGUAAGAUUAAGGCAGAAGUCAAAGUAAACUAUAAAAAUAUUAACAGAAGUCAAGAAGUCAACAUAGAAUCACUAAAAUUUUCUUUAGGUUUCAUUCUCCUACACUUUCAUUGUUAGAAUCACUCUACUCUAUUGAUUCAACAAAAAAUUGAAGUCCAAGUUCGGGUGUUGCUUCUUCAUGCCCUCAACUUGCUUUUCUCAUGGCCUCAACUGCAUUAUUGUACCCUUCCUUAUAGUCCUUCCUCUCUAUUGCAUCAUCGAGAUGCAAAAUAGCAUUAAGGUAUCGAAAGAUACACGAUCGAGCAUGAUGAUGCUCAUGAGUGGAUACACCCAUCUUCUCAAGCUUGAGUUUCGCCUCCGAAUGAAACUGGAAUUCAUACCCGAAUCGAGCUUUUUGUAUCAUCUUGUUCUUACACGUUCCCGUGAUCGUGUUCCCGCCCUUGUGUCUCGUCUUUUUUCUCGAAUGACCCAUUUUUUUAGAGUCUGUGGUUGUAUUCGUCCUUUUCUCAGGAUAAUAAAAGGAUAACUAAAGACUGGAGCUGCACAAGGCCCUUCUUUGCACAUCUAAAUUUUUAGAUGGCUUAGAUGAAAGCUCUCCAAAAUCAUCCUCAUACUUGAUUUCAUCAACCCUCUGUCGUACCUUAUUGAAUUCACAGCACGUCGGGAGAAUGUACCUUUUGUAAGUUAGCUUUCAAAAAAAAAUAAAAAAAUACAUUAUGAUUAAGAAAGCUAAUUGAGAGGAAAAACUUACUUGUAGAAGGUUCCCCUCACUCCUAAUAUAAUGUUUCUUGCCAGUACAAGUUCGAGGAGUCCGUAUCAAAACACAAAUUUAUUAAUGAUUG